GCAGGCAAUCGUUUCGAACGGUAGUCUUUUCCACCUCAGACUGAUUCCGUCAAAUGGAUAGUCUCACUGUAGAGUGAUGGCGGUCUCCGGUUCAAGACCGUUGUGAGCUCCGGUUCACUUCUCCGUCGUUCGAGGCUAUCGACUUGUGUCGCCCGUGCCCUUGAACUACAUUACGACGAGAAGAAGAAAAGUAGGCAAAAUCACUGAAAACAACAUUUGACCGUAGUAGAGCGAGCGAGACCGACGGGAGUGGUGAGCUCUCAAGGGGGCACGACGAUUUUGAAGACCUGACUUUGCUCCCCCGGCCCGAGUAGACAAAUCUUUUAACUUGGAGCUCGUCGGCCGUGUCCUCCUGUCAGCGCUUACCUCCUCCAUUUUCGGUCGCCGAACUCAGUUACAAGCAGCCGCAGCACAACCAGUGGCUGCAACCAUGUUGGGGAACAAAUUUGCCCGGUCUGCGCUUGCGCGCAGACUGCGCAGCCCACUACACAUCACCAAUCGUCACCAAUCAUCAAAAGUAGAAUACCGUCCUAUUCGAAGUGUUAUGGCAGCCAACCGAGGUGAAAUUGCUAUUCGUGUGUUCCGAGCCUGUACUGAAUUAGGAAUCAAGUCAGUUGCCAUCUACUCAGAGCAAGAUAAAAUGCAAAUGCACAGACAGAAGGCAGAUGAGUCAUACAUUGUAGGCAAAGGGCUACCACCAGUUCAAGCUUAUCUCAACAUCCCUGACAUUAUUCGCAUUGCAAAAGAAAACAACGUAGACGCCAUUCAUCCGGGUUAUGGCUUCCUUUCUGAGCGUUCUGACUUUGCUCAAGCAGUGGUGGAUGCUGGAAUAAGAUUUAUCGGUCCUGCUCCCAGAGUUGUUCAACAAAUGGGAGACAAAGUAGCUGCUCGUCAAGCUGCUAUUGCGGCUGGUGUCCCAAUUGUACCUGGUACAGAUGGCCCAGUCACUAAGGCUGAGGAGGCAGAAGAAUUCUGCAUGAAGCAUGGUCUUCCUGUCAUAUUUAAGGCUGCAUAUGGAGGUGGAGGACGUGGUAUGCGCGUUGUUAAAAAAAUGGAGGAAGUGAAAGAAGCUUUUACUCGUGCUAGCUCUGAGGCACAGGCAGCUUUUGGUAAUGGUGCCAUGUUUAUUGAAAAAUUCAUUGAAAGACCAAGACACAUUGAAGUACAAUUACUUGGAGAUAAAGCAGGCAAUGUAGUUCACCUUUAUGAGCGUGAUUGCUCAGUGCAACGUCGACACCAGAAAGUUGUUGAAAUUGCUCCUGCUCCGAACCUGCCCAUAAAGGUUCGAGAUGCCAUGACUGAUUAUGCUGUAAAGCUUGCCAAACAUGUUGGUUAUGAAAAUGCUGGAACAGUUGAGUUUUUGUGUGAUGAACAGGGUAACUUUUAUUUUAUUGAAGUCAAUGCUCGAUUGCAAGUAGAACACACUGUAACUGAGGAAAUCACAGGCAUUGAUUUGGUACAAUCUCAGAUAAAGGUAGCUGAGGGUAUGACCCUCCCUGAGCUUGGCAUGACACAAGAGAAAAUUCAACCACAGGGUUAUGCUAUUCAGUGUCGAGUGACCACUGAAGACCCAGCCAAAAAUUUCCAGCCUGAUACUGGCAGAAUUGAGGUGUUCAGAACAGGAGAAGGUAUGGGCAUUCGUUUGGAUGGUGCAUCAGCAUAUCCCGGUGCUGUCAUCUCCCCAUUCUAUGACUCUCUAUUGGUCAAGGUUAUUGCUCACUCAACUGACCUACAGAGUUCUUCUGCUAAAAUGUCCCGUGCACUUCGUGAGUUCAGAGUGAGAGGUGUCAAGACCAACAUUCCAUUUUUGCUUAAUGUUCUGGAGAAUCAGACAUUCUUGAAUGGUGCUGUUGACACUAACUUCAUUGAUGAACAGCCUACGCUUUUCAAUUUCAAGCGUUCUCAAAACAGAGCUCAGAAGCUUCUGAACUAUUUAGGAAGUGUUUUAGUCAAUGGUCCAUCAACCCCACUUGCCAAUACUCUUCUAAAACCAGCCAAUGUCACUCCUCAUGUGCCUGAAGUACCAAUUGACUUAUCAGCUUCAUCAUCAGAUGUAGAUGGGGAGGAAGUAGUAUACAUGAAGCCACCUGAAGGUCUCCGCCAGGUUUUAUUGAAGGAUGGACCUGAAGCAUUUGCGAAAGCUGUUCGUGCUAAAAAGGGCUUGUUAUUGAUGGACACAACUUUCCGUGAUGCCCAUCAAUCUCUUCUUGCCACUCGUGUUCGUACUCACGACUUGCUUCGUAUCUCUCCAUUCGUUUCUCACAACUUCAACAAUCUGUAUUCUUUGGAGAAUUGGGGUGGAGCAACUUUUGAUGUAUCCCUUAGAUUUUUACAUGAGUGUCCGUGGGAACGUCUUGAAGCUAUGCGCAAAGAGAUUCCUAACAUUCCUUUCCAAAUGUUGCUGAGAGGUGCCAAUGCUGUUGGCUAUACUAACUACCCUGACAAUGUGGUCUUUAAGUUUUGUGAAAUGUCAGUGAAGGCUGGCAUGGAUAUUUUCCGUGUAUUUGAUUCUCUUAACUACCUGCCUAACCUGAUUGUGGGAAUGGAAGCAGCUGGAAAGGCAGGGGGUGUUGUAGAAGCUGCUAUAUCCUACACUGGAGAUGUCUCUGAUCCCAAAAGAACUAAGUAUGAUCUUAAGUAUUACCUGAACUUAACUGAUGAACUUGUCAAAGCUGGUACACAUGUGCUAGCCAUUAAGGACAUGGCUGGAUUGUUGAAACCAGCUGCAGCCAAGUUGCUCAUUACCGCCAUCCGUGACAAAUACCCUGAUUUACCCAUUCACAUUCACACCCAUGACACUGCUGGUGCUGGUGUGGCGUCAAUGCUUGCGUGUGCUGAGGCUGGUGCUGAUGUUGUUGAUGUUGCUGUGGACUCCAUGUCAGGAAUGACCUCGCAACCCAGUAUGGGAGCUGUGGUUGCCUCUUUGCAGGGAACCAAAUUGGAUACUGGAUAUGAUCUUUCAGAUAUUAGCAAAUAUUCGGCAUAUUGGGAACAAACUCGUACUCUUUAUGCUCCCUUUGAAUGUUGUAUCACCAUGAAGAGUGGAAAUGCUGAUGUGUACCUUAAUGAAAUUCCUGGUGGUCAGUACACAAAUUUACAAUUCCAAACCUAUUCCCUUGGUCUUGGUGAAUUCUUUGAAGAUGUGAAGAAAGCUUAUAGAGAAGCGAAUCUUCUCCUUGGUGAUAUUGUCAAGGUCACUCCAUCAUCCAAGGUUGUAGGAGACCUUGCAAACUUCAUGGUCCAAAAUAAACUUACAGCUGAUGAUGUACUUGAAAAAGCAGAAGAACUCAGUUUCCCUAAGUCUGUAGUGGAGUUUCUUCAGGGCGCUAUUGGUGAACCCUACCAAGGAUACCCAGAGCCUCUUCGAUCAAAGGUUUUAAAAGACAUGCCCCGUGUUGAAGGACGCCCAGGUGCCAGCUUGCCCCCCUUAGAUUUUAAAAAACUUGGAGAUGAGCUCAAGGAAAGACAUCCUGGUGCUUCUGAGUAUGAUGUCAUGAGCUCUGCUUUGUAUCCCUCAGUUACUGAGGAUUACCUCAAUUUCCGGGAAGAAUUUGGACCAGUUGACAAAUUAGAAACAAGAAUUUUCUUGACUGGUCCCAAGAUUGGGGAAGACUUUGAGGCUUCCAUUGAAAAGGGUAAAACAUUGAGUUUCAAAACGUUGGCAAUGGCUGAUGACCUUACUCCGAAUGGAGAAAGGGAAGUAUUCUUUGAGCUCAAUGGACAAAUGAGAUCUGUCUUCAUUGCUGAUAAUGAAGCCAGGAAGGAAAUUCACAUUCAUCCCAAAGCACAAAAGGGAGUGAAGGGUCAUGUUGGGUCUCCAAUGCCUGGCUCUGUAAUUGAAGUUCAAGUGGAAGUGGGUCAGAAAGUUGAGAAGGGAGCCCCUCUAAUUGUUAUCUCUGCUAUGAAAAUGGAAAUGGUUGUACAAGCACCCAUUGCAGGAGUUGUGAAAUCAAUCGACAUCAAGCCAGGCAUGAAGGUUGAGGGUGAUGAUCUUCUUGCUACAAUUGAGUAAUCCAAUUCUUAAGUGCAUAGCUGAAUAUAAAAUAUGGCCACUCGGCUCAUGAUUUCUGGCAAAGAUUUUGCACUUGUCACAUGCCCAAUGAAUCUAAUUUCUUUCCAUAUAUUGCAUAAAAUAUUUAUUUCUGUAGUUGUAAAUGACUUACUGUGUACAAGAAUACAUUGACAUGAAUAGCAAGCGUCGGUAGUGAUGUCAUGGCAAAUUCAUUGUAAUGUGAAUUAUCAGCUCAUUAUUACAAAAGUACUGUUCAGAAACUUAAAGAUGUGAAUGGUUGCAGCCAACUUAGUGGAGCAUAUUUGUUAAACUAAAAUGUACUGCCAAAUUUUUCAACGAAUUAGAGCUUAUUCUGUGUAAGUUGUGUACAAUAUGGCUAAUGUGUUUGUAAAGAACCUUAAUGUAUGGUAUUUUUAUGACUAACACCACACUGACUUUUUAUUCAUGUGGAGGAUUAUUUUUGUCCAUUUUCAUAUUUCUGAGAGCAUGUUGCAUUCCUGCCAAUUUUUAGGAACAUUUUUUUUAAUUGUGUCAAAUAGAUAUUUUACUGAGCAAAUUAGUGGAUAGCUUAACUUAUUUUAUGGGUAUAGCUAUAUUGCCUUGCCUGUAAACUGUUUUUAAUUUGUCUCAAGAGCAGAAGCAUUUCUACUAUCUUAACUGCCUCACUCUAUUGUUUGAGUACUAAAUAAACCCUAAAAUUGUUUGCUCUGCGGUGAAAGUCAUGUGCUACUAGUAAUUGUGUCAGUACACUCAUCUUUUGAAAAAGCAAGCUCUGAGUAGGCCUUGGUUUCCCAUAUUGCUGUGAUGUUAUUACUAUUUUCCCAUUUUGUGGAUGCUGACAGUUUAUUAAGAGAGAGGUUCAUAAUAAGGUAUGUUUUGUACAAAGAAUUCCCCGACAGAUAGUUAGCUGUUAUUUAGUUAUAAGGUUGUUACUGACACUUAGAAGUAUUACUAGUAUUUAUCUUUGUACCAAAUGGAAAUGAGACUUAAAACAUUUCCUUUGUAAAUAUUGAAUCUAGAUUUUUUUUAUUUUUUAGCCUGAAUAUUUAUAAUACUGUCUUCCAAAUUUGUGAUAUUGUUUUUUUAUGUAGCCUGUAUACUAGGCCUUGUUUUUAAUUUUACGCUAUAUGGAAAUUCUCAAUGUUGAAAUUUGUUGCGCAGCUUUUGUGUCGUUGAACCUCUGAUAAAUGAAUUAUCCAACAUGGUUGAUCUGUGUACUAAAACCUGUUAUUGAUUAAAGCAUUAUUGGCUGAGCCACUCUAAUA